GUAAGUAAAGAAGAGCUCGCGAAAUUAGUGCAGAGUUUCGAAGAGCAAGACAUCCUGACGUCGUCGGGGGUUACCUUAGCCGGUAAUAGGUACAUCUACCUGUCGGGCACGGACCGUGUGAUAAGGGCAAAACUCGGCAAAGUCGGCGUUCAUUGCAUGAAGACGACGCAAGCCGUAGUUGUUUCCCUGUACGAGGACCCCAUACAGCCACAGCAAGCCGCAUCUGUCGUUGAAAAACUGGGCGAAUACCUCGUGUCCUGCGGCUAUUAGUAACCUCUGGGACCCAACACAAAUAUCUAAUAUUAAUAAUAAACGAUACGAUCGAUUAUUUUAAUGAACAGCGAAUGGAACAUGCGCCAUGCCGCACGAGUUGCCCCGGAACUGCCGCACGCCCUGCCGCGCAAUCUACGAUGGAAGAUGCAGCAACAGUAGCAGCAGCAGCAGCAACGAUGUAACAACAAUAACAACAGCAACAAUACAUAGCCGAGAACAGCGACUAUCAUUACUGCUCCAGUCAUCAUUUUCUCCUCCUUGAUCUUCGUUUCUUUGACGCGACAUGGAGAACGGGUAGGAAGGCACGCGCGAGAUCAUGCCGAGUAAACGCACUCACUAUACGUAAACAACGACGCAUCCUUUCCCUUCCCUCCCUGCCACCAUCCCUUUUUCUCUCGUUUUCCAUUAUUGCCGUUCGUGUAACACGCUUACGCGGAACCCUCGCUCCUUCUCCUCCUCUUCCUCCUUUUUACUUUUCGGUCAUACACGUAUACGUACUUAAGCAUCUACGUGUGAGUCUCGUAGGUACGCGUGUCCUCUCUCGUGUUCCGCUGUCGUUGCGUUGUACCCUGGUAACGCGCGGCGCGAGCGUCAAAGAUCGUUGGGGAAACUUUGGCGUCUUAUUGAUAACAUCGAUACCGAUAACACGGAUACCGAUGUUACAUUACCACAUCUGCUCUCUAUCUGCUUUCCCCUCCCGCCACCUGUCCUCGUUCCCCGAACAAUCGCGCGGACAACGCGAGUUGUCUCGACGGCUGUGAUGCGCGUGUAAGAUGCGAGAUCGUAUCCGAGACGCCGACGCGUCGUCGUCGCGAAAAGGGACGACGAGGAUCGAUAGCGGCAUCGACGAUCGACCGUUGCCGCCACCGCUACCACCACCGUCACCACCACCACCACCACCAUCACCUUCACCACCACCACCACCACUAUCGUGUGUCUAACUGGCGACACACGUCACGGGACGUCAUCGAUGUCGUGGAUCCGAUGGACGUUGCAGGGCUCGCGAGUGACGCGCUUGCGUACGCACGUACCGGUCUUUGACCGAAAGAGCAAGAAUGCGCGAGAGCGCAAAAAAGCACGACGGAUUAUAAAGUUACAUCCACAAAAGAGACAAGCGACUUGUGUCACCUGAAACUACUAUCGAAGCAACAUAGAGCAACAUUUGUUUGUCGAUGUUCCUCAUUGUCGCCAAGAAGCACAAUUUACCUGUUUCAGCUACUGAAGGAACAUUAAAAAACCCUUAAAAAAUUUUACUCUGAAAAACGUUUUAAGAGGAAACGUUUAAUAGUCUCGAAAUAUUAUAGAAACACAUGGAAACAGAGAACUUGUAUUUCUAUUCCUGGCAAUAAUGAAGAACAUACUGGUACUCUUACGGAAACGGGCAAAAGAAACAUAAAUGUUGCUCUAUGUUGGCAUGGACAAAGCUUUACACGCAUGACGAUUCUUCGCGCGACGACCUCGCUGACUACGCAGAUCCAAUAAUGGUCGUGAGAUUCGCGAAACGGAGUUUGGAAUCUGAUCGUGCCUUUACCAUCAAAAAGAUGCGAAUCGCAAUGGAUCGUGACGUGCGUUGCGAUUCGUCGUGCAACGUUGCAUCAUCCUCCACUUCUUGCGUUAACGCAUUUGGCUUUCUUUUUCCGGAUAAGGAGGAGCACCGGUCGCUUCCGUGAGGAGCUGGUCCUCAGACUUGAAUCGGAGAUCUUCGGAGAUUGCUUCGUUUGAAGGAUAUACUGUAUAAUAAUAAUUUGAUGUAUGCGGAAGCGAUCGAUCUCAUCUCGUAUCAUGUGUUUAACACACUCGAAGUAUACACAUGUUUCGUUCACGCACUAGCUUUACGCGUGCACGAAGAAAGACGCAUCAAUGAUCGAUCGACAAAUAUCAGUAAGAGGAAGAGAUGAAGAAGGAGUGAAAGAGAGAAAGUGUGAAAAAUGGUGUGAGAGAGGAGAGAGAGAGAGAGAGAGAGAGAGAGAGAGAGAGAGAGAGAGAGAGAGAGAGUGAGAGAGAGAGAGAGAGAGAGAACAAUGCAAAGUUUUGUAAACCAUUUUCAUGGCAUUUCGCAUAAACGAUACGGACACACGUAUGAAUUAAAUAUAAAAGAAAGAAGUAAAAUGAUAACAAAUAAUAAUAAACUACUGUGUGUUAGAUUUACCAUCUUUUUCGUAGGGUACGCGAAAGGGUGAACGUGUGCGCGCAAAGUAGAGGGAGAAAGAAAGAGAGCGAAUAGAGCGUGUGAGUGAACGUGAGAGAAAGAUAGACAAUCGAUAGAACGAAUUUUGAAAAUGACAGCGAGAUAACGAGAAGACAAAGAGAAAAAUGUAGGAAAAUGUAGACGAAAAAAAAGUUGGAUGGAGAAAGGUGCAAACAGAAGAUGUACACAUGCGUGUGCGUAUGUGUGAGAGGGAGAAAGAGGAUGUAACACGGUAGCGAGAGCGGAGGUAUGAUGAUGGCGAUAACGAUAGCGGGCGGCGAUAACAAUAAAUGAUGAUAACGAUGACAAUGCGGGCGAGCAUGCGGCAGCGGGUGAUACGGCAUGGAUUGGCCGCAAUCCUGGCCGCCUCCCCCAUUCCCCCCAAGAAUCGAUACGGUCCUUUUAGCUAUUUACUGUCUUUAUUAUUGCUAUGUGUAAGAAGAAUAAAACAAAAUGGCGAACGAUGUGUCAUAAACUGCUGAGAUUUUUAUCGACAAGACGGUGAGAGAGAAAGAAAGGGGAAGAGAGAAUGUAUGUGUGAGUGAAAGAGAGAGCGUUAGAGAGAAAGAGAGAGAUAUGAAAAAAAGAAAAACACAUUCACAUCAGCGUAUAUAUAAAAAAACACAUAUACGCAUCUCACACACACACACAUACACACACAGACACAUCACACGCAUACAUACACACGUAUUGCCUCGUUAUAAGUGCAUGCGAGAAUAAAGGAGUUUUACACGGCAGAUGCAUUCGCAGGUAUAUCGAUAGCGGGAUUUCUCGAGGGGGUCCAUCGAACGAGCCUAAUACCAAUUCGCGAGACGUUCGAGCGGAAAGGCAGCACAGCGUAAUAAGUGAGUGAAGAGAUAUAAAUCCUUUUCUCUCAAUUAGUCUAUAUAUAUAUUUGUGUAGAAAUGGCGGCCUGGUUUCGAUACAUGCGUUGUACGAGAAUGCUGAAAUGUUAAUUAAUACUUAAUGUUUCGCGAUUAUUAGAUAUCUCACUGUUUUAUAUUAAAUAUUAAUAUAAAAAAUAUAUUAAAUUCUGAUACAGUUUGAUAUACUUACAAGACCAUCCUGUUUCUUAUAAUGGCGAGAGAGAGAGAGGGGUGGGAUGGGCGAAAGAGGCGACUUCUUCGCUGGCGUCGACGGAGGAGAGUGCAUGAUGAAAAUUAAUUAGGACGAUUCCGAUUUUUAUCUCGGGAUUAGAUAAUGAUUUGGCACGUGGUACUAUGGUGUAGUCGUUUUCGCCGGGAUCAUCUAAUCGGUUUUAAUCAAUGUUUUUAUUCGCUUGUUGCCCCCGUUAUAUUCAUUCAUUCGCCCGCUUGACGACGGCCUCGCGCGUGGUCGCGUCAUCUUAUCUUUCUCGGACUCGUGUCCUGCCUCCGCAUCCUUUUAGAUCGGUUUCCGGCCGCUGGGCGAAUGGCGCAGUGUGAAACUCGCGAUGUACGCUCGACAUGCACCCAGACAUUUUAAUCGAUCGAAAUCGCACGAGACCUCAUUUCCGACGGAAAGGAAGAGGAAGAGGAGGAGCAAAGGAGAAGGGAGAACAGAACUUUUUUUUCUUACUCUCUUUAACGAGAACGUGUAAAAUGAGGAUGAGCGUGGCGAUAUGGUGUACCUGCGAAUUCCUGCUUGUGUAUAUCUGAAAUUUCCGCGUCGGUUGCGCGCGCAUAUUUACCGAUGAAUGAAGGAACCACGAAUACGCGUACACACGUAUGUGUACACACACAUACACACACAUUCAAGACAGGUUAUACAUACACACAUACACACCGCUACCAAUUAUUACUACUCUACUAUUACUACUGCUACUAUUACUACUGCUACUAUUACUACUAUAAUUGGAUGCUUGUCGAUUCGUCUGACGCCAAGCAGCGGCCCAAACUACUAUGUAACGAUUUUUAUUGAUAACAAAGGAAGGAAUAAAUAUUGAAAUAAUAAUUGUAAUAAAAAAGAGAAAAAGGAGAGAAGGCUAAAUGACUUCUAGACGCUUGUCCAGGCACAUCGAUAUCAGUCUUGCUCUUCCGCGACUCCAUUUCUAUUUGCCUCUUUGUACAUUCAGGGGACGUUAUAUACACGUUCCUUUCUUCUCAGCUACCGAUAUCGGUUUCAAUUUAUUCGUUGUCCCCUUUUAGAGUAAAAAUUAGAAAGAGAUAAAAAUGGCAUUUUAUCUUUACUGAACAGCGGGCUAAUGUAAAUUAUCAUUUUAGCAAAAUGAACACGUGACACAAAAAUAUAAUUACAUAUCUUUUUUCUUGUUAUUUCCGUGUUUUGUUAAUACACUUGCCUUUCAUUUCAAAUUUUUUCGAAAAAGACAUGAUAAACCGAUGGAAUUAUCGAUACUACGGAGUACAAAAUUCUCCAAAUUGGCUUUAUAAAAUUUUUACGUUUAAACACACAAUAAAUCACAAGAUACCUUGAGAGUUUAAGAAGCAAAAAAAAUUAAAACAUAAAUUCAAUCUCUACAAAAAUUCUGUAAAACAAUUUUAUUUUAGUAUACAAGUAAAUGAGGAGAACACAUCUCUUUCCGCCUUGAAGCCGAGAUUUGAUGUGUUAUCUGACGAGAGGAAAGGACGUCGAUCGGAUUGCGGAAAGGGAGGCGCAGGAAGAGAAAUACAUAUAAACGGGAUAAAAUAGAAAAAAAGAGACUUGACGUGAGGGCAACGAGCACAUACGCGCCGGACAAUUAGAUGUAAUUUUUGUAAAGCUGAAAUACAUAUACUUCCUUUUAAA